AGUCAUGAGGGGCUUAUGGCGUGUCCGUGUAUAGAUACACGUGCGCUUGCGAGUGUAUAUGUCUGUGUGCCUGAGCGCCUAUGUAGAUGCGCGCAGGUGUGCGGGCAAAGCUCGGUGUGUGAACGCCCUCAGACAGGGAAAUCAGGAUGUGCCAGCAAAACCUCCGCUGAUUUUCUGGUGUCCUGUGUGUUUCCUGUCUCUGCUGCUACUGUAGGAAGCCGGGGAGUUGCUCUUUCCUGCCUGUUGUAGAGAACUGGUGAGCAGAAAACUUGUUUUUAAUGGAAUGUCCAGCACAUGCUGAGAAACAAGUCAGAAAAACCAGCAGAAAGCUAAUGUCAUCUGAAACACCCACAGCCGGUCCAGAGGUGCCAAUGGAAAAUACCCUGUUCCCUGGAGUUCCUGAUGUGGAAGGAAAGGCAAAGUCAAAUGAUGGUCCAGUAGAGAGACUGGAGGCAGGCUCAGGCAAGGAAGAAUGCCUUGAGUCCAUGUCCAAGAGGCAAAGGAAGAAGCUGUUGAAGCAGAAGCAGUGGGAAGAACAGAAAGAUCUACGGAGGCAGAAACGAAAAGAAAAACGCCAGAAGAGAAAACUAGAACGUCAGUCAAAAUUGGAUUCCAGUAGUGAGGGAAAUGACAGAAAGUGCAUGCGCAGGGAAGUUGUUCCUAGCACGCUUCGCCUCAUUGUGGACUGCAGCUUUGAUGACCUGAUGGUCUUAAAGGAUGUUAAGAAGCUUCACAAGCAGAUUCAGAGAUGUUACGCAGAAAACCGCAAAGCUUUUCAUCCUGUGCAGUUUUACUUGACCAGCCAUGGAGGACAGUUGAAGACCAACAUGAAUGAAAAUGACAAAGGAUGGGUGAAUUGGAAGGAUAUCCAAAUUAGAACAGAGCACUACAGUGAGCUAAUAAAGAAAGAAGACCUAGUAUAUCUUACCUCAGAUUCCCCAGACGUUCUCAGAGAGCUUGAUGAGAAGAAAGCCUACGUGAUUGGAGGACUGGUGGAUCACAAUCACCACAAGGGUAUUACUUACAAAAAAGCUGUAGAGCAGGGAAUUGGUCAUGCACAGCUCCCGCUUGGAAAUUUUGUCAAAAUGAACAGUCGCAAAGUGUUAGCUGUCAAUCAUGUGUUUGAGAUCAUCCUUGCAUACCUGGAGAAGAGAGACUGGAAGGAGGCUUUUUUCAGUGUCCUGCCACAGAGGAAAGGGGCUGUUCCUUUGGGAGAAGCCAAUGAUUCGUCCAAACAUGCUCUGUCUGGAAAAGAAGAUGAAGACAAUGACUCAGACAGUAACUAGGCUUUAGAAUGAGAUGGUGAGAAAGAUGAGACAUGCAGUUUGUGGAAUAAAAUUGGGACAUGAAGUAGUUUUACUUCAAAGACUGUCUGCAGCCCUCAUAAUGCUAAAUUGUCUCAGCGCUUGGUAGUCCCAGAACAGAGGUUUUGUGCAUGAAGGGUUAAGUUAAAUGCAGGUUUCUACCCUGAAACUUCAAUAUAAUAACUUUUUUUUAAAAAAAGGAAAUAAAUUAAUGGCAAAUGCAGCAUUUAUUUUUUUUUUCCAGGGAAGCUGUUUAAUUUUUUUAAUAUUAUUUUUUAUACAUACCAAGUUGGGUGUAAAUGCCAAGAGCAUUAGUAGUUACUAUUUUAAAGUCUACAUUCUUGUCUCCAUUUCUGUUCAAAAGCUUUCUUAAAAGCAGUGAAUGAGAAGUGUUCCUUUGGCUCCAAAACCUGUACCACUAGUGCCUGCUGCAAAGUGCGCAUGAACACUCUGAACAAAAAUUCUGAGUUUCCUGAGCAUCUCAAGAGACAAUCACAAGCAACUGAACUGCCUGAUUCAUAUUCUGUGUUUAGUUAGCUGGGGUCAGUAGGUGAAGUAUAAAUGUGGGGUUAAACCAGUGCUUUAUACUUGAGUUUGAGAGGGAUGGGUGUUAGCACAGGUGCAAAUCAUGUGUCUUGUCUGGCACAUGGUGCACACUGAGGUGACUCAAACACUUUGGAUUAUUUCUUCAUAUUCUCAGCAAAAUUUAUCACACAGCCUCAAAACAACACCAGGAGGGAGGAACUCUUUCUUACCGGUCACUCAGAUUCAGUAUUCCUGAAUGGCAUGAUCCUGUAUGUAUUGUAUUGUAUUGUCUAUAAAAUAUUUUUCCUUUAAAAAAAGUCAUAAUCUUA